AUGAUGGCACUUGAUAUUGAUUAUCAUUUACCUGACCAUGAAACCGCUGAACAAUUUUAUCAAAAAUACGAAACAAAAAAUGUUAUGGGUAAAGGUUUAUCAUCUGUGGUUCGUAAGUGCAUUGAGAAAGGAACAGGAAAAGAAUUUGCAUGUAAAAUAAUUGAAUUUAAUGACGACAAUCAAGCAGAACGUAAUGCUUCAUCAAAAGAAAUUGACAUACUUAAACUAGUUCGUGGUCAUCCAAAUAUUAUCAAUGUAGUUGCAUCAUUUAAAACACCGACGUGCGUAUUUAUUGUUAUGGAACUAUGUCAUAAUGGUGAAUUAUUUGACUAUCUUACGACAGUAGUUCGUUUAUCAGAAAAGUGCACUCGUCAAAUAAUGUCAAGCAUCUUCAAUGCGGUUAAUUAUCUACAUUCACAUCGUAUUGUUCAUCGAGAUUUAAAAUUGGAGAAUAUUUUAAUGGAUUCCAAUAUGAAUAUUAAAAUAACUGAUUUUGGUUUUGCUGUUCAACUAGGCGAAAAUGAAACAUUGCACGAUUCUUUUGGAACGCCUGGUUACAUGUCACCUGAAUUAUUAAAACGUGCUCAAAAUGCUGAUAUGCCUGAAUAUGGCCUUCCAGUUGAUCUAUGGGCAUGUGGUGUGAUAUUGUAUACCUUACUGAGUGGUUUACCACCAUUUUGGAAUCGUAGAGAAAAUGUAAUGUUUCGUAUGAUUAAGGAUGGACAAUAUACAAUGACUGGAGCUGCAUGGGAGGGUGUAUCUGAAACAGCAAAAGAUUUAAUUCGACAUUUAUUAGUUGUUGAUGCAGAUGAACGCUAUACAGCUGCGCAAGCACUUCAGCAUCCAUUUUUUAAUAUUGAACGAACACGACGAAGAGAUUUUAUGCCUAAAAGAACACUUAAAGCACAUAUUAUACUUAUUUGGUCAAUAAAUCGUCUAAGAACAUUACAUUAUAAACCACAGCCUAUACGUGGAAAAGAGUUAUUGGAAAAUCCCUAUCGAUUUAAAUCUUAUCGUAAAAUGGUCGAUUCAAUUGCUUUUCUCCUUUAUGGACAUUGGAUAAGAAAAGAUGAACAUCAAAGCCAAAAUCGUGCGACAUUAUUUCAAGCCGAAGAAAAAUCUGAUCUUCUUCAUCAUGAACAAAUACUUGAACAGAGCCGUCUACUUGGAGAACAAUCAGAGGCACUUCAGUUGAAACAUCAAAAUGAAAUGCAUGAAAAAACAUGA